AUGGAUGCCUGCACUGCACUUUGCGGUUCCAGCCUGGUAUUUUUCACAUUGAUGCUCGCGGCCACCACAGACGGUGCAGUAGCAAAGAGACUCCCGCGAGCAGAAGCGCAAAAAAUGGCUGCGCAGACUAUGCGUGGUGCAGCUGGUUUGAUUCUACUAGGUGAGCAUCCUGCGCUUUUGAGGGAUAAAGUGAGUACGACAGGUGGAUGUACGAUAGGAGAAUUGUUGGUGUUUGAGGAGUGA